ACCUAACAUAUAAACUCGUCUUUUUUCUCCCCAUUGAAGCCUCCACUUAAGCUAGGGUUUGCAGAGCUAGCACCAGCCACCGCACACACUUCACCUCAGAUCUCCUCGCCUCUGCAAAAAUUUAACAAUGGCUACAGCACAAAUCAGCAAGAAGCGAAAGUUUGUUGCUGACGGAGUUUUCUUCGCUGAACUUAACGAGGUAUUGACCAGAGAGCUUGCCGAGGAUGGAUACUCUGGCGUUGAAGUUAGAGUUACACCAAUGCGUACUGAGAUUAUCAUUAGAGCUACUCGCACGCAAAAUGUUCUCGGUGAGAAAGGUCGGAGGAUUAGGGAGCUGACGUCGGUGGUGCAAAAGAGAUUUAAGUUUCCUGAAAACAGUGUGGAGUUAUAUGCUGAGAAGGUUAAUAGCAGAGGACUUUGCGCUAUUGCCCAGGCUGAGUCUCUCCGUUACAAGCUUCUUGGUGGUCUUGCUGUUCGUAGGGCUUGUUAUGGUGUGUUGAGGUUUAUAAUGGAAAGCGGUGCUAAAGGAUGUGAGGUGAUUGUCAGUGGUAAGCUAAGGGCACAACGUGCCAAAUCUAUGAAGUUCAAGGAUGGAUACAUGAUUUCUUCUGGUCAGCCAGUCAAAGAUUAUAUCGACUCUGCUGUGAGACACGUUCUACUACGACAGGGGGUUCUUGGUAUCAAGGUCAAGAUUAUGCUCGAUUGGGAUCCCAAAGGAAAACAGGGCCCAACUACUCCUCUGCCUGAUUUGGUGACCAUCCAUUCUCCGAAAGAGGAAGAAUUGCGACCACCAGUGUUGGCAACUGAGGUCGAGGUCCCAGUGGCUUAACUAGUUGUAUCUUGGAGUUAAUCUCCUGAUUGAUUUUGAUAUUAUUAUUAUUUACUCCUUUAGAUUGCUUCAAUUUCAUGUUUGCAAUGUUGUCACACUAAGCUUUUUGCUCUUUCUUAUUGAUACCCUUUUCCAAAUGAUACUCAAUUUUGUUUUUGCUAGA